AUGGCGCUCAGUAUUUCAUUCGUUGCGGUCGCAGUUGUGCUCAUUUGCAGUCCCAAAGGCAGCCUAGUUUCUGCAGCGAGCACGGAUGACUGGACCUUUGAUCCGGAAACGGAACAAGGAUAUAAGGUGUUCAAAGAGGCAGUGACAUGGGAGGAGGCCCGUAGCAAAUGCAAACAAUUCAAUGCGGAUCUAGCAUCCAUAGGGUCACCACAAGAAAACGAGUUCAUACAUGGACUGGUACAUGGUACAUGGGAGUGGUACUGGAUUGGGGGUAAAAGGUACGGAAGUGCAUGGACGUGGGUUGACGGCACUGAAUGGGGGUAUACAUACUGGUCCUCUGAUGAACCAAACAAUGAUGGUGGAAUGGAGUUCUGCCUGGAGAGAAUGUUUUUAACUCCUUACCAAAUAUGCGAAAAUGUCGAAUCAUUUCCAAAAAAGUUAUCAGAGUCUUUUGGUGUCCAAGCGGCAUCCCACGACAGCGGAUAG